AACAGUUGUGUUUUGCCUGCGAAGCUGCGCGGUAGGCACUGAGGCGAUGGCAAUGGCAAUGGAAAUGACGAUGAUGUAUCAAAUGAAAUGGUUAGUCGCGCUGCUGAUGACGCUCUUCACAUCUACUGCGGCUGGCCAAACACAGCUGCCAGAUGAAGCGACGUCCGCAUUGCCGUCUACCCCGUCGCCGACGACGCCGCAGCCCUCGCUGCCCAAAUUGCCGGUGGCUGUGCACUACGAGACGCUCUGCCCGGACAGCGUUUACUUUAUCCGGCGACGCCUGUACGACGCGCUCCUGGACAACGAUUGGUGGAAUCGCACCGACUUGAAGCUAUAUCCCUUUGGCAAGGCGGCAUUCUAUAACAACACAGAGCUCGGACAACUGCAGGUGUUCUGCCAGCACGGCGACGAGGAGUGCGAGCUGAAUGCUCUGCACGCCUGUAUCCUGGAGAAUCUGGAGCUACGGCAAGCCUUCGAUCUGAUCUACUGCAUGCUGCGCUCCUACUUCAACAACAUCGAGGUCUGCGCGGCACACCUCAAGCUGGACGUCUCACUUGCCCAGGAGUGCAAGCGCACGCGCAAGACGGCGGAUAUUCUGCUACCGUAUGGCAAGGAAACGUUGUCACUGCAGAUUUCCUUUGUGCCCAGCAUUGUGUUUGACGGUAAUUUCCAGGCCUAUGAGCAGAACAGCAUUCGCUAUAAUUUCGAGCGCCACUUUUGCCAUCAGUAUCAGCAGAAGUUUAAUAUUAAGCUACCCACUUGUGGUUAAGCACACAYACAUACAUAUGUACAUACAUAUGUAUUGCAACAGCAUCAGAUAAAUAAAGUGAAUAAUUUUGAUGCUAA